AGUCAAGUUUUUGCUUUGACAGCGAGCGGACACGGUCUUUGGGUAGUAGGCGCGACUUGUAAUCUUUUACUCUGACACAACGUAUAUUAAGCUGACGAAAAAAAAAUUUAGCUGGCGCCACCAACCAACCAACGAACCAACCAACCAGUUAACCCAGACUGGCAAUUGGCCAAGCCGCAAAGCAAAGAAAUUCGCCGCAGUUUUUUACCUAUCGCCGUACGUCUAACACACGCACUGUUGCCUAGCACCUGACGAACGUGUAAUGCGCGCACUUCGAGCGACUUUACACCUACGCAUAGCCUAAUACGUCCACUCCUCACCAGAAAAAUGGCUGAACUUCCUGUACCUACGAGCGAUUACCUACAUCGUUCUAUUGAUCAGCUACGCUCGAUGAAUGAGCGCAACGUACUCUCAUCGCUGAGUCACCAUCUAACGCCAAUGGAAUUGCGCAAUGCCGCACAGUUGGCAGCGCACGAUUACAAGCCAUUCAAUAUCAAUGAGUUUCGUCAGAAUGUUGAACGUUUGGAUUACUCGUUGAAGAAUGGCCUUAUACAACAGCAGCAGCAAUUGCUUGCCGAUCAUCAGCAACAGCAACAGCAGCAACAUCAACAACAACAACAAGCGCGCGCACAACAACAACAGCAGGCGCAGCAACAAGCAGCGGCGCAUCAGCAACAGCAGCAACAACAACAGCAGCAGCAACAGCAGUUACAGUUAAAACAAUCAUACAGUCCACCAAAUUCACCGGCCACACCCACCAUGACCGAACAGCCGGAACAGAAGUAUGAUCCACAUGCAGCCGCUGUAGAACAGCAGCAGCAGCAGCAACAACAACAACAACAACAGCUACCCGUCAGCCAUAAACAGCCACGCAAUCAGCAAGGUUCCCCCGAUGGUCGCGACGCAAAGCCUUAUAAAUGCACGCAAUGUACGAAAACCUUUGCUAACUCCUCGUAUCUAUCGCAGCACACGCGCAUCCAUCUCGGCAUUAAACCGUACCGCUGCGAGAUCUGCCAACGCAAGUUCACGCAGCUAUCACACCUGCAGCAGCACAUCCGCACCCAUACUGGCGACAAGCCUUACAAGUGCCGCCAUGCCGGCUGCCCCAAAGCCUUCUCGCAGCUCUCCAAUCUGCAAUCGCAUUCGCGCUGCCACCAAACGGACAAACCCUUCAAAUGCAACUCCUGCUACAAAUGCUUCACCGACGAACUGACUCUGCUCGAACACAUACCCAAGCACAAAGACUCGAAGCACCUGAAGACGCACAUCUGUAACUUGUGCGGCAAGUCGUACACACAGGAAACCUACCUGCAGAAGCAUUUGCAAAAGCACGCCGAGAAGGCGGAGAAGCAGCAGCAGCGGCAUGCAAAUGCGAAUAGCAACGCGCAACACCAUGUGCCCGCCGGCGGCAUUGGCCUCAAUUUGCAGCGACAGGUUGUGAUGAAUGCCGCCGCGGCCGCUGCAACAAGCGACCCCAAUUCGUAUUGGGCCAAAGUGGGCGCCGAUAGCGCAGUGAAUGCCGCCACGCUGGCCGAUGCUAUACAGCAACAACAACAGCAAGCAGCCGCCGCCGCUGCAGCAGCCGCAGCGGCCGCACAACAGCAGCAACAGCACGCGGUGCAGAAUGGCUACAACUUCGCAGCGCUGCAGCAACACCAACAACAACAACAGCAGGAACUGUUGCAACACCACCAGCGACUGGUGAACGGCGGCGCGGGUAGUGGUGGCGAUAGCGCCGGCAGCGGCAGCACGCCCAAUCACUCACAAUCGCCCAACGACGAGGGAGAAGAUCUGGUGAUGCGCCAAACGCCGCAACAUCACCUGCAACAACAGCAGCAGCAACAACAACAACAACAACAACAGCAGCAUCAACACCAACAAUCGCAUUCGCCCAAUCCGCUGCUGAUGGGCAACGCAGCGGCAGCAGCAGCGGCGGCGGCGGCCGCAGCCAACUACGAUGUGAAAACAACCAGCGCCUUUACGCCCAUCAACACGGCGCCGACACAUUUGAACGCGCUGGCUGCGCAACAGCGUCCACCCGCCGCCGCAGCGUACCUGUACCAGCAAAAUGCGGCUGCAGCAGCCGGUUUUCCAACGCAACUCAUCUCGCUGCACCAGAUACGCAACUAUGCGCACCAGCCAAGCGCAGCGGCUGCCGCCGGGCUGUUGGCCGGCGAUCACCUGCUCGGCUUGACUGGUGUGACUGCGGGCGGUACCGGCAAGGAUAAGGGGCAAUAGUACGGCGCGCAUCACAGCGGUGAUGGCAACAAUAACAGCGGGUGCCGAGAUAGCGGCGGCGGCGUCGGUGGUGGUAGUAGUAAAAGGAAAUCGAAAAAGCGGCAAUAUGAGCGCGCACGUGAACGCAGUUGAGUUGGCGGCGAGGAGGAGAGGAAAGGAAGGCACAGAUUUCUUGGUCAGCCGGCAGGAGGGCGUGCAGCGUAGUGAGGCCGUAAGCAUGGCGGCGCGCAGCGGCAGACCUAAAGCAAUAAUAGGGUAACAGCACAAACACUCAGGUUUUAAAGAUGAUUUCAACAAAGCAGCAAUAGUAGAAAACGAAACAAAGCAAAGCGUACAAGAAAAAAACAACAACAACAACAACAAAACAAUCUACAGUAAAGUAGACGCAGCCGAAGCAUUUAGCUGCUGGCAGCAAAUUAAUUUGCGCCGCAAAUUAUACAGAAAAAAAAAACGAAAAUAAAAACAAGACAAAAAAUAGCUAGCAAA